AAAAAAUGCUGGUUUUUUUUUCUUCUUCCAUUCUUUCUCGGUUUGGCUCGUGUUGUUUACAUAUAUCCAUCCUUAUAAAGGAUACGGCCAUCAUUUUGUUUUCGAAUUUUUUUUUUUUCGUUAUCCAAAUUUUCAAUUUGGAAAUUCAUCAAACUAGUUUAUCGUAAAUUCACCCUUUUAUUUUUCUUUUGAAAAAAUAAAAGGGUGAGAAUUUUUGUUUAUUGUGAAUUGUCAUUUUCGUUGUUCUCGGUCCAACAACCAACCAACAAAAAAAUGGCCGAUUUUUUUGAUCGUGAAGCCGUAUCAUCCGAAGGUAGUGAAGAUGAUGAAGUACGUGAAGAAAUUCGUCGUCAUAAAAAAUUAAAAAAAGUUCAUGCUGGUGGUGGUUCGGAUGAAGAUUCCGAAGAAGAAGAAGAAGAUGAUGAUGAAAAAAUUGCUCAAGAAAUGAAAGAUCUAAUCAAUGAUGAUGUUGAAGAAGAAGAAGAAGAAGAUGAUGAUGGUGAUUCUGAAGAUGGUAUUGGUCGUGGUCAUAAACGAUCACAUGAUGAUGAUGAUUUGGAAGAAGAUUUAGAAGAUGAUGAUUAUGAUCUGUUGGAAGAAAAUCUUGGUCGUCGUAUUGAACGUAAGAAAAAAUUUCGUCGCGUUCGACAACUUGAAGAUGAUGAUGAUGAUGAAGAUGAUGAAAAUCCUGCAAAUACAUUAAAUGAACGUGAUGCUAUUGCAAAUGAAUUAUUCGAUGAUGAUGAUGGUUUUGGUUCAAAUAAUAAUAAUAAUUUGAAUAAUGAUCAACAACAACAACAACAAUUAAAUCGACAACAAAAUCGUAUUCGUGAACAAAUUGAUGAUCAAUAUGGUCAAAUUGAUUCGGAACAUUCGGAUGAAUCAGAUGAUGAAGAUAAUUUUAUUGUUGAUGAUAAUGAUCAACCAAUUAUAACACAAAAACGUUCAAAACGUCAUGAUGGUUUUAAUAAUCAAGCGCUGCAACAAGCACAGGAUAUUUUUGGUGUUGAUUUUGAUUUUGAUGUUUUUGAUGAUAAUGUUGAAUUUGAUGAAGAAGAAAUGGAAGAAGAUUAUGAUGAAGAAGGUAUUGAUCGACAACGUCAAACAAGUAAAAAGAAAAGACAACGACAACCGAAAAAAAGUAUUUAUGAAUUAUAUGAACCAGCUGAAUUGGAACGUAGCCAUCUGACUGAAGCUGAUAAUGAAAUACGUAAUACUGAUGCACCGGAACGUUUUCUUACACGUUCGAUUCCAGUAACCUCGGCUGAACCGAAUGAAAUUCGUGAAGAAUCUGAAUGGAUUUAUAGAAAUCUAUAUGAAUUACCAACAAUAACUAGGCAAGAUAAUCAUAGUGGUAGUGGUGGUAUACGACAACCAUUAGCCGGAUCAAAACCAAGAUCAACAAUCAAUAUUAUAUCAAAUAUAUUGAAAUAUAUACGAAAUGAACAAUUAAGUAUACCAUUUUUAUCAUAUUAUCGUAAAGAAUAUUAUGCACCAGAUCUAUCGAUCAAUGAUCUAUGGUUAAUAUUUAAUUGGGAUGAAAAAUGGUGUCGGUUGAAUGAAAGGAAAAAAAAUCUGCUGAAAUUGAUGGAAAAUAUGAAAGAAUAUCAAUUAUCAUUGAUGAUAAAAAAUUCUACCACCGAAGAUGGUGACAAUAUUGAUGAUGAUCAACCAUUACCGGAUGAUUUUCGUCGUAUAACCGAUAAAGAUUUACAACGUAUACAAACAAUACAAUCAUUUGAAGAAUUUAAUGAUUAUUAUUUACAAUUUCAAUUAUAUUAUAGUCAUCAAUUAACUGAAAUGAAAAAAUAUUUAUUAAAACAAAAAAGACAACAACGUGAACGUAAAAGACAGCAACGUUUACAAGAACGACAACAGCAACGUGUUAAUGAAAAUGGUGAAAAUGAUGAUCCAAAUGAUGAAAUAAUCAAUGAAGAAUUGAAUGAAGAUAAUGAUAAUGAUGAUGAUGAUGAAAAAGAAGAAUUAAUGUUAACCGAACGUAUGAAUUUUAUGCGUUUAUCAAUGAAAAAAGAUACAUAUUCAUUUUGUCGUGAUUCGGGUAUUGGACGUUUAGCAUCAAAAUUUGGUCUAACACCGGAACAAUUUGGUGAACAUAUAACCGAAAGUUAUCAUAAACAUGAAAUUGAACAACAUCCAAUAAAUCCGUUGGAAGCAGCACAAGAAUAUUUAAAUAAAUGUUUCGAUACACCGGAUAAAGUUUUACAAGCAGCAACAUUUAUGGUUGGUAAACAAUUAUCAUGUGAUCCAUUAGUACGGAAAACUGUACGACAAAUGUUUUAUGAACGUGCAACAGUUACCGUACGGCCAACAAAAAAAGGAAAAAAAGAAAUUGAUGAAUCACAUCAAUGUUAUUCAAUGAAAUAUUUAAAACAAAAACCAAUAUCAUCAUUUUCAAAUGAACAAUUUUUACAAUUAAAUAUGGGUAAAAAUGAUGGUUUAGUUGAUAUAAUAAUCGAAUUGGAUGAUAAUUCAACAACAUCAUCAUCAAUGCAAAAACAUCAUUCAUCAACAACAAUGUCCAGUUCAUCAUCAUCAAUGUUGAAUAAUAAUAAUAAUGAUUCAAAAGCAUUUAAACAGUAUUUAGAAGAGAUAAAAUAUCUUUAUCAAAGGGAUGAAUUUAGUAAAAAUGUACAAGAUUGGAAUGAUCAACGUACAAAAGCAUUGGAUAUUGCAUUGAAUCGUUUUUUAUAUCCAUUUUUAUUAAAAGAAUUAACAACAAAAAUUCUAACCGAAUCACAACAUACAAUUAUACAGAAUUGUGCCGAUAAAUUAGCAUCAUAUUUAUCGAUUGGACCAUAUAUACCGGCUUUUAUACAGGAUAAAAAAAAUCGUAAUCAUAAUCAUAGUGGUGAUGACGAUGAUGAUGAUGAUGAUAAUGAUGAUGAUUUUGAUACACGUAAUGGUAUUCGUAUAAUGGGUUUUGCAUUUGUACCAAAUAAUGAAGAAGCAAGUUUUUGUGCAUUAAUCGAUGGUGAUGGUGAAGUAACUGAUUAUAUAAAACUUGAACAUUUUAUGUUAAAACGUUCGGAAGGUGGUUUUCUAAGUGAUAUUGAACGAAAUUUACGUGAAAAAGAUCGUCAAAAAUUACAGAAUUUUAUUUUAACAAAAAAACCACAUGUAAUUGCAUUAGGUGCCGAUACAUUAGUUACUAAAGAUGUUAUGGAUGAUUUAACACAAAUGAUACGUAAUCUACAUGAAAUUCAACGUUUACCAUUAAUACCUAUUGAAUAUAUUGAUUCAGAAUUAUCAAUUGUUUAUAUGAAUUCAAAAAGAGCCAUUACUGAUUUUCAUAAUUAUCCACCAAAAUUACGUCAAGCAAUUUCAUUAGCACGACGACUACAAGAUCCAUUAUUAGAAUUUGCACAAUUAUGUUCAGCUGAUGAAGAAAUCCUGUGUUUAAAAUUACAUCCAUUACAGGAUAAUGUACCACGUGAAACAUUAUUGAAUGCAAUUUAUUCGGAAUUUGUUAAUCGUGUUAAUGAAGUUGGUGUUGAUAUAAAUAAAUGUCUGGUACAUCCUUAUACAUCAUCAUUAGUACAAUUUAUUGGUGGUCUUGGUCCACGUAAAGGUGCAUAUUUAUUACGAACAUUAAAAAAACAACAAACACCAUUAUUGGAAAGUAGAUCUCAACUGAUACAAAAUUGUUCGAUUGGUAAAAAUGUUUUUAUAAAUUGUGCUGGUUUUAUAAAAAUCGAUACAAAUUCAUUUGCUGAUUCGGGUACGGAAACUUAUAUUGAAGUAUUGGAUAGUACACGUGUUCAUCCGGAAACAUAUGAAUGGGCUAGAAAAAUGGCUGUCGAUGCAUUAGAUUAUGAUGAAGAUAAUGAUCAUAAUCCAGCACAAGCAUUGGAAGAAAUUAUUGAAAAUCCAGAAAAAUUACGUGAUUUAGAUUUGGAUGAAUUUGCAAAAGAAUUACAUAGACAAGGUUUAGGAUUGAAAAAACAAACAUUAUAUGAUAUUCGUACAGAAUUAACUGAUCGUUAUCAAGAUAAACGAAAAUCAUAUCGUUCACCAAAUGAUGAAGAAAUAUUUGAAUUAUUAACUGGUGAAAAUUUACAAACAUUUUGUAUUGGAAAAUAUGUACAGGUACGUGUAACAGGUAUUGCAAGAAGAAAACCUAAAACCGAACAAGUGGAUCAAGCACAACCAAUUCGUAUGGAAACUGGUCUAUGGAAAUGUCCAUUUUGUUUAAAAGAUGAUUUUAAUGAAUUAGGUGAAGUAUGGAAUCAUUUUGAUACAAAUCAAUGUCCUGGACAAUCAUUUGGUGUUCGGGUACGAUUAGAUAAUGGUCUUACAGGUAUUAUACCAUUAAAAUAUCUUUCAGAUAAAGAUGUAACCGAUCCACUUACACGUGUAAAAGUUGGUAUGACAAUUAAUUGUCGAAUAUUGAAAAUUAUUAUUGAAAGAUUUUCAUUGGAAUUAACAUGUCGUACAUCCGAUUUGAUUGAUUCGAAUAAUCGUUUUAAACCAAAUAAAGAUAAUUAUUAUGAUUUUGAUUCGGAAGAAUAUGAUAUACGUUUAGAAGAAGAUGGUAAAAAACGUAAAAAUCAUCAACGUACAUAUAUGAAAAGAAUUAUUGUACAUCCAUCAUUUCAUAAUAUUGAUUUAAAAAAAUCUGAACAAAUAUUAAGUGCAUCACCACAAGGUGAAGCUGUUAUACGGCCAUCAUCAAAAGGUAAUGAUCAUUUAACAUUAUCAUGGAAAGUACAUGAUGGUAUUUAUCAAAAUGUAUUGAUACGUGAAGAAGGAAAAACAAAUCCAUUUUCAUUAGGACAACAAUUAUUUAUUGAUCAAGAAUCAUUUGAAGAUUUGGAUGAAAUUAUUGCCCGUUAUGUACAACCGAUGGCAAGUUUUGCACGUGAUUUAAUAAAUUUUAAAUAUUUUCGUGAUCUAAAUGGUGAUAGACAAGCAGCUGAAAAAGUAUUGAAUGAAGAAAAACAAAAAGCACCAUCACGUAUUCCGUAUAUUGUAUCAGCAUCGAAAGAAUUUCCCGGAAAAUUUUUACUAUCAUAUCAACCAAAUCAAAAAGCAUUUCAUGAAUUGAUAACAGUUACACCGGAUGGAUUUAAAUAUCGUAUGAAUGUUUUUAAAUCAAUAUUUCAAUUAUUUAAAUGGUUUAAAGAUCAUUAUAAAGAUUAUUCAACAAUAACAACAAUGAUAACACCUGGACAACAACAAACACCAAUUAAUGCUAGUCCAUAUGUAAAACAACAUCAACAUCAACAACGUACUCCACAAUCAUCAACAACAUCACCUUAUGUUAAUGUAACUGGACAUCCAGGUGGUACAACGACAGCAACAUUUAAUGGAAAUUUUGCUACCGCUGCUGCUGCUGCAUCGAAUACGGCCAUUGCUCAAUCAUUAACGGCGUCGGUAGCCAGUGGUGGAUCUACCUUUCAAAGACCUAAUUUAUAUCCAAUACCAUUAUCAGCGACAACAACAGCAGUUGGUGCUGGUGGUAUCGGUAUGGGUGUUGGUGGUGGUGGUAAUAUUCCAUCAUAUGCAACAGGACAAACAAUGAUGCCACCGCCUCCACCACCACCACCUUCGAUUCCACAAAUACAAAAUCAACGUCCUGGUCAACGUGGUGGUAAUCAAUGGUCAGAUUUAUUAAAACAACAAUCAACAAUAACGCAGGAUUGGAAUUCAAAUCGUAAUAAUAAUAUUAAUCAUCAUCAUAAUCGUACAAUGACAUCAACAACAUCAUUACAAAUACCACCAUUAUUACAAUCAUCAUUAUCAUCAAUAACAGCACAACAUCAACAACAACAACAACAAUCAUCAAUGCCAACGAUACAGCCAUCGAUAUCAUUAGGAUUAAUAAACAAACCUCGUACACCUGGAUAUUCAACACCGGGUGCAUCAUCACAAAUGUCAAUUAGUCCAAUGCAAGAUGAUCAACAAUCAACACCGAAUAUAAUUAAAGGUGGUGGUGAUCAAACACCAUUAGUUGAUGAAUGGAAUUGAUUGAUAAUUGAUUGAUUUUUUUUGUGUGUGACUUAUACAACUUUCCAUUGAUGAUGAUGAUGAUGAUUGUGACCCAACAACAUAUACUCUUUUUUUUCGUUCCUUUCUUAACCCUUUUUCUCAUUAUCAUUCUUAAAUGUCGAUGUUAAUCAUAAUAAUAGUUUAGAUUCAACAACAGACAAAAAAUGCAUGAAUUUUGAAAAAAAUAAAAGUUGAAAAAAAUUCUGUACAAUUUUUUGUUUGUUUGUUUCCAUCAUCAUCAUCAUCAUCAUUACAUCACAUCAUUCAAAUUAUUUUAUGGAGAAUUUACUUCUCUGGAUUUUUUUCAAUUUUUUUUCUUCUUCGAUGAAUUAAUAAAAAAAAUCGGUAUAUUUAUCCUUU